GAUUAUUGACAUUUGAACGAAAAUUUCAAAGUUCAAACUUUUUAUUUACCGUUUUCACAACAUUUAUUAAAUAGUAUUGUUUACUAGAAUAGACAGUGUUACUGAAAUGGAUCCCGAAAAAGAUGGGGUACUGAAGUUGCCCACCAAAAAUCUUAUCGAUCCUACCGGCUUUGAUGUGACUAUGACGGCAGUACUGAUCGGCUUAGGAGCUGAAAAAUAUAUUGAUGUUUUUAGAAAACAUAACAUUGGUCAAUGCACUUUGAUGGAAUUAAAUGAUGAGGAUUUGACAAUACUAGGAGUAGACGAUCCUUCCAUAAGACGUAAAUUAAUUGAAGAAGUAAAGAAUCUUCCUACCUACGACGAAACAAAGCAAACGGGACAAAGUAAUAACUUAGAUCUCAUUGAAAUAAUAGACGUCAUAGAAGAAAGCACCCAACACCUUUAUAGGAUAUAUUUAAGCAUGAUGACAAAUACACUUGCUCUUAAAAAAAACAAAGUGGAGGAUUAUCUCAUUGAAAAAGAUAAAUAUGCAUCAAACAUUUCAAUAUCCACACUCAGUGAGAUGACUAAUAUUCUAAAUUCCAUGGAUAUUGCGCUGCACAGCCAAAUUAAAGUACUAUCACAGAGGUCCAGAGAGAGAAGAAAUAAGAAAAUCAUAGUUGGUACAGUUGGGUGUGCCGUUAUUGCCGUCUUAUCUAUUUGUUUUGUAAAAUCCUUACAACAUAUUAAUUAGAACUGUCCGUGAAUAUAUCUUUGACUAGUUAUUACUAUAAAUUUAUUAUACCAUUAUAGAAUAUGUUACAUAUUUAUUCUAGAACAUAUACUUGUAUAUAAGAGUAAAAAGGUAUUUUCCGUUUAUUGAAUUAACAAUGUGUAACAUUUGGGUGCAUAUGACAACAGUAUUACUGUAUUUUAACAUAACUAAGUUGUGAUAAAUUUGCCAUUAUAAAAUAUUUUAUUUAUUAAGUCCAAAAUACCUAUACAGUAUGUAAUAUAGUAUUAUUUCUAUUCCGUACAAGAUAUUGUUCAGGAUAGAAAUAAAACCAAUACUGAAUUGCCAAAUUUUUGAUAUGAUCUAAAUUUUUUCUUGUCUAUCUUGCCACUAUUGAAUAUUCCCUGUACUGUCUAUUUUAUACUCAAUGUAUAACUAAAAUGUAUGAAUAAAACCGAUUUAACCAUU